AUGACCUAUUCGCGGUCACGAUCUCACGAUCGACUAUGGGGUAUACCCACAUUAAGCGGUCUCCUCUUAUCAGUCGUCCUUCUCCCAGGACACUCGCUAGCCACUAAUCCUCCUCAAAUACCCAUACUGGCGCCACAAAUACCAAUCGAAAAUCCAGACUCUUCCCCAGAUGCUCAUGAAUUUUCCCUCCGCCAUAUCUUCCACCGAGGCACCGCCGAAGAACCCGACUUCCACGCAAGACUAGAUGUUAGGCCCGAUAGCCGCUUGCGAGCUUUGUCAGAUGAUGGAUCUGAAGAGGAAUUUACGACGGCCCUGGGAACCUUGGUGGCAUCCUCAAGCCCCCUCACCAUACAACGUCUCGCGGAUCGUCGCAUUUCUGUGAUUGAAGGCCACCUUGCAGCGGCGCAGCGUCCUGACUAUGUGAUGGCUUCGUCGCCAUUAGAGUGGGUUUUGGACACUGUUGAAGGGCCCAAUAUUAAAGACAAGGAAACAGUCCUUACCUUUGCUAAGAUGACAGCCAACGAUUAUAUUUCAGAGCCCGGAACCGCAGACUGGGAAGUUAUUCAUGGCAAAUUCAACUAUUCAAAUAGCUUUGGGUGGGGCUCAGAUGGUCUGAGAGGACAUAUUUACUCCGAUAAAACAAACAGCACCGUGGUGAUCUCCCUGAAAGGAACUUCUCCAGCCCUUUUUGAUGGCGCAGGGACCACUACAAAGGACAAAGUCAACGAUAAUCUUUAUUUCAGCUGCUGUUGUGGUCAAGGAGGGUCUUACUUGUGGAGAGCUGUCUGCGACUGUCAAAAUACGACGUACACGGCCAACGAGACCUGCAUUGUCGAGUCUAUGAGGGACGAGAAUCGUUAUUACAAGUCUGCUCUUGAUCUGUAUUCCAAUGUGACUGCAAUUUACCCGAACGCAAACAUUUGGCUCACUGGUCAUUCUCUGGGUGGUGCCAUGACUAGCUUACUUGGCUUAACAUUUGGACUCCCUGCCGUGACCUUUGAGGCGAUUCCCGAGGCACUUCCUGCAGCUCGCUUGGGUCUUCCAAGUCCUCCCGGCUAUGACCCAAGGCUCCCGCAGACCCGCCAGUACACUGGCUCUUUCCAUUUUGGACACACGGCCGAUCCGAUCUACAUGGGUACAUGUAACGGUAUCAAUUCGCUCUGCACAUGGGGUGGAUAUGCACUGGAGUCCGCUUGCCACACAGGUUCAAUGUGUACUUACGAUACAGUGGCCGACAAGGGUUGGCGUGUUGGCCUGGGCACUCACAAGAUUAAAAAUGUCAUCUCUGAUGUGAUCAAGGUAUACGAUGAUGUUCCACCGUGUGCUCCGGAGGAAGAAUGUUAUGACUGCAUUCUCUGGAAAUACUUCCGCAGCAACGGUUCCGAGAUCAGUACCACCACUACGACAACGACCUCGCCUACUCCGACUCGGACGUCUACUUGCAAGACUCCAGGCUGGUGGGGCUGUCUGGACGAGUCAAGUACAACGACCCCAACCACGACGACGACCACUACAUCAACAUCCACUACAACUUGUGAAACACCAGGCUGGUUCGGGUGCAACGAUCCAACGACUACUACUGCCUCGACCUCUUCCUCGUCCAUAACAUCGACUUCAACUUGCAGUACACCGGGUUGGUUUGGUUGCAAUGACCUGCCUAUUACAACGGGUAUGCCGACAGCGACUCCAGCUCCUAUAAUGACGACGGCAAGUCCCUCUGCUACUUCAACAUGCGAGACUCCGGGAUGGUUCGGCUGUAAUGACCCUACAGCGACAAUGUCAACCACCGCAGUUGCCAAUCCCACUUCUAUUAAUACAACGCCGUCAUCGUCCAUUUGCCAUAGUCCGGGCUUUUUCUGGGGGUGCUGGGACUAG